AUGGAUGCAAGCUCAGCAAUUGGAGAAACCAGGGUUCUACCUCGAGUCAUGACAAAUCAACCCCCUCCCGAAACCAUCUACGCCUCCUCAGAUGCUGCAUGGCGAGAAGAUAUGAAUCUGGCUGGGACAUGCUGGAUCUUCAUGAACAAAGGAACAAUCACGGAUCAAGGGUCGAAAGCUGUCCAUCAUGUUCCCUCCCCCCUAAUCGGAGAAGCACUAGCUCUGCGAUCGGCCCUGAAUCACGCAAUCCAGCUGGGAAUUCAGAACCUGGCGAUGAGAUCUGAUUCGCUUGACCUGAUUAACUCAAUCAACUCUGACAAGAAAAUUAAGGAGCUCCAUGGAAUCCUCCAAGAUGUCAAAACUCUUUCGGCGAGAUUCAACUUCGUCUCGUUUUCGCAUAUCUUCGUAGUGAUAAUAGUUUAG